AUGUAUGAAAGUGCGGUGAAAGAAAGGACAUCAGCGGAAGCGGAAGUGGUAGCGGGGAUACUGGUCAAGUUUCAAAGCGCCUUUUCAAAAAAUGAGUGGGACAUUGGAUUAUCUAAUCUAACCGAUCAUUCCAUUAAUACGGGUGAUGCUAUGCCUAUUAAGCAGAGACCUGGGCGGGUUCCUUUGGCAUUCGCGAACGAGGAAAGGGCUGCGAUUGAUGACCUCGUGAAAAAGGGUGUCGUACGUCAGAGUAGUUCGCCUGGGCAUCACCGCUCGUACUUGUCAGGAAGUCUGGCGCAGUCAGACCAUGUGUGGACUAUCGCAAACUCAAUCAGCUUGCUGAUGGAGCUGGCACUGCAAGGGCUGCAAUGGACAACGUACCUGGUCGACAUUGAUGACGUCAUUUGCUUUGGGCGUGACUUCGGGGAGCAUAUGGAGCGAGUCGCUGAAGUGCUGCAACGCCUGUCUAAUGCAGGGCUGAAACUCAAACCGGAAAAAUGUAAGAUUCUACAAACGAAGUUUACGUAUGAGAUAGCCCCGGUGUUUACACUCAUGGAGGAGACUGUCCUGCAGAGAAUAAAGCAACUGAUUGGCUGGUCGGAUGGUGACGCAAUAUUCGCACCAGGAGGGGCAAUAUCUAACCUUUAUGGCCUGAUGGUUGCCCGUCAUGUGGCAGAUCCAGGCAUCAAGCAUACUGGUAUGGCUGAUGGCAGGAAGUUUGCUGUCUUCACUUCUGCCCAGAGUAAUUUUUCCAUCAAGAAAGCAGCUGUCCUGCUUGGAAUCGGACUGGAUAACGUCUACAGCAUCCAGAUGGUCGCCAGAGGCCGUAUGAACGUGGCAGCGCUAGAGGAAGCUGUCCAGAGUGUUGUUUCCGGCGGCACAGUGUCGCUCUUUGUGAAUGCUACAUGCGGAACGACCGUACUGGGCGCCUUUGACCCCGUCAACCCGAUAGCGGAUGUAUGCGAGAAAUACGGGAUGUGGAUGCAUAUUGACGGAGCUUGGACAGGCAGCGUCCUGUUCACAGAAAAAUACCGCUACCUUUUAGACGGCGUAAACAGGGCUGAUUCUAUGACGUGGAAUCCCCACAAGAUGAUGGGCGUCCCUCUCCAAUGUUCCGCCAUCUUCGACAAAAAACAUGGAGUUCUUCAAUCGGCAAACGAGCUGGGUGCGGACUAUCUGUACCAGAAGGACAAUGUUUAUGACACCAGUUUCGACACCGGGGACAAGGCCAUACAAUGUGGCCGCCACAACGAUGUCUUCAAGCUGUGGCUCAUGUGGAGGUCAAAGGGAGACGAUGGGUUCAGAGACCAAAUUGAGAAAAACUUCGAAAUGGCAAAGUACAACAUGCUCGACAAACUGAAGGCGCGAGAAGACUUUGAAUUGGUUUUGGAGGAGAUAGAGGGACCGAAUGUGUGUUUCUGGUACACUCCUGAGAAGAUUCGAACAAUCAAGAGCCAUCAGGACAGAAGCUUUCAGCUGCAUAAGCUGACUGCUUGCUUGAAGGGUCUUAUGAUGGAGAAGGGGUCCAUGUUGUUACAGUACCAGCCACUGGGCAGUAUGCCCAACUUCUUCAGGAUUGCUUUCUCCAACUCCGCCAUCACCCGGACUGAUCUCGACUUUGUCGUGCAGGAGAUCGUGGACCUUGCUGAAAAGCUCCAGUAG